CCCGGUAUAAGGGCAUUCUUGUCAUUUUAACUCCGAUCCAAUCUUUAUCAGAAAUGGAGGGAACCGACGGCUAUCGCAAAAAAAUGGCCGUAGCUUCUUCAGCUGUCUCUCCAUACGUCUCUCUCUCCACUAGUAACCGAAAGCCAAUAAUUCCUCAAUCCAUUUCAGUUCCAAGACCCAAUUGCAUUGUAUCCUUGUUAAAAUCUUGUUCAAAUAUAAGAGAAUUCUCAUCACUCCAUGCUCAUUUAAUCACCACAAAUCUCAUAAAAGAUUACCAGAUUACCAACAAUGUUCUUCAUUUCUUGAUCACAAUCAAUCAGCUCGAUUGUGCCUAUCAGAUUUGUAUCUAUAACUUUGGACCUGAAACCCUAAUCUGGAAUACCCUUAUUGAAAACCAACUAAAAGAAGGUUAUCCGAAAGAAGUGUCAAAGACUUAUUAUCAAAUGGUCAUCCAGGGUGUACUGUUAAAUUUGUCUACUUUUCACUUCCUGGUUCAUGCUUGUUCUAGAAAUUUUGCUCUUCAACAAGGCAUUGAAGUCCAUGGGAGGAUUCUGAAAUCUGGGUUGGCAGUAAAUAAAUCUCUGACCAACAAUUUAAUGGGUAUGUACUCAAGAUGUGGAAAACUGAAGGAAGUUUGCCAACUGUUUGAGAAAAUGUCUCAAAGAGAUGUUAUUAGUUGGAAUACUAUGAUAUCUUGUUAUGUUUCAUUGGGGCUGUAUAUGGAAGCCUUGCAUUUGUUUGAUGAAAUGAUAAUAGACGGAGUUAAACCGGAUGAGAUAACAAUGGUUAGCUUGGUCUCAGCAUGUACUAAGUUGAGGAAUAUUGAGAUGGGCAAAAAAUUUCAUGUCUACAUUGAAGACAAUAAUCUACAGAUUGAUGGAAGAUUGUUGAAUUGUUUGGCGAAUAUGUAUGUCAAAUGUAGUAAAAUUGAGGAAGCGCAUAGGCUUUUCACCAGAUGUCAUAUAUCUGAGGUGGAUGUUGUUCUGUUGACUACACUAGUUAGUGGGUAUGUGAAGACUAAUAUGAUUGAUGAAGCUAGGCGUUUGUUUGAUCAAAUGGCAAAGAGGAAUCUGAUAUUGUGGACAGCCAUGAUAUCCGGUUAUGCCCAAUAUGGGGCUUAUUAUGAAAGUUUAGAUUUGUUUAGACAAAUGAGGUUUGAAAAUGUGUUACCGGAUGAGAUUGCUCUUGUGACAGCACUUUCAGCUUGUGUUCAUGUGGAAGAUUUCAGGUUCGGCCGAGCAAUUCAUGGCUUGAUUUUAAGGUACAGAAUGAUUGUUGAUGGAUUUCUUGGGAAUGCUUUACUUGACUUGUAUGGAAAAUGUGAGAAACUCCAUAAAGCACGAAUAAUUUUUGAGCAGUUGCCUUGUAAAAGUGUAGUAUCGUGGAAUUCAAUGUUGGAUGGCUUUUGCCGAAAUGGAGAUGUCAAUAAAGCUAGAAAUUUCUUCAACAACAUUCCAGAGAAGGAUAUAGUUUCUUGGAACACCAUGAUCAAAUUUUAUGUGAAGCAUGAUUUGCUCAGAGAAUCAUUCGAGCUUUUCCAGGAGAUGCAGAGUUCAAAUGUAAAACCUGAUAAGAUCACUUUAAUCAGCUUGCUCUCAUCUUGUGCUAAAGUUGGAGCCCUGAACCAUGGCAUUUGGCUCCAUGUUUACGUAGAAAAGAAUGAAAUUGUUAUAGACAACAUGAUGGCCACUGCCUUAAUUGACAUGUAUGGGAAGUUGGGGUGCACUGAUAUGGCCUACGAGCUCUUUUGUGAAUUAACUGAAAAGAAUGUAUUUGUUUGGACAGCUAUGAUAGCGGCAUAUGCCAUGGAGGGUCAUGCCCAUAAAGCUAUUCAUAUUUACUCGGAAAUGGAGGAAGUGGGAAUAAAACCAGACUAUGUCACCUUCAUAGCUCUUCUUUCUGCUUGUAACCAUGGAGGUUUAGUCAAUGAAGGCUACAAAUAUUUUGAAAAAAUGAAAAGUCUGUACAAAAUUAGCCCAAAGAUUCAGCAUUAUGGGUGUAUAGUUGAUCUUUUGGGUCGAACCGGACGCUUGGAAGAAGCAGUCAAGUUCAUUGAAACAAUGCCAAUAAAAGCAGAUGUAUCUAUAUGGAGUUCCUUGAUGAGAGCAUGUGGAAACUACAACAACGUGGAAUUAGCAGAAUUUGCAUUUAAACAUCUGAUAGAGAUAGACCCUAUAAAUGAUGGAGCUUAUGUGCUGAUUUCCAACAUAUAUGCAAAUGCAGGUAGAUGGGAUGAUGUAAGUAGUACGAGAAUGAAACUACAUGACAUUGGAGUAAGGAAGCAACCAGGUCUCAGUCUAAUGGAACAGUAUGGCGUUCUUCAUGAGUUUACAGCUGGUAGUUUCUCAAAUCCUAAAUCUGAAGAAAUCCGUUUCAUGUUAGAAGAAAUUGAGAGAAGAUUACUGAAGCAAACACGACCGGAAAACUCAUCUCGACACAGCGAAAGGUUGGCUGUUACAUUUGGUCUAAUAAAUAGCCAUGGAAACUCUACCAUAAGGGUUGUGAAUAAUGUGAGGAUUUGUGAAGAUUGUCACUUAUUUAUGAAGUUAAUAUCCAAGGUUUAUGGUAGAGAAAUAGCUAUAAGGGAUAACUAUAGAUUUCAUAAAUUCAAAGAUGGAUAUUGCUCAUGUAAAGAUUAUUGGUGAGGGAAUAGUCUCUUACAAGUAAAUUCUCCCUAGAUAUUCAAUUGACAUAUAUAAAGUUAAUAAAAGUUAAACGAGUUAAUUGUACAA